AUGCCUAUGUCCGACCUCCUGGUGGACGGAGCCGCGAAGCACGAGCUCCUGUCUUUCAUGGAUGGCCACGCUGGUUACAACCAAAUCUUCAUAGCCGAGGAAGAUGUCCACAAGACGGCGUUCAGAUGUCCAGGCGCAAUCGGGACUUAUGAAUGGGUAGUCAUGCCAUUCGGCCUGAAGAACGCCGGCGCAACGUACCAACGAGCUAUGAACCUUAUUUUCCACGACCUAAUUGGCCGAACCGUUGAAGUCUACAUCGACGACGUUGUUUUAAAGUCCCCAUCCAAAGCUGACCACGUGGGGCAUCUUCGACAUGCUUUCAAUCGCAUGCGGGCACACGGCCUAAAGAUGAACCCUAAGAAAUGUGCUUUCGGCGUCACCACCGGGAACUUUCUCGGUUUCUUGGUCCACCAACGAGGGAUCGAGGUAGAUAAGAAUAAAGCCACGGCCAUUAUGGCAGCACCCCCGCCGAGGACCAAAAAGGAACUCCAGUCCUUCCUCGGUAAGGUCAACUUUUUAAGGCGGUUCAUAUCCAAUUUGGCGGGAAAAAUCUGGCCAUUAACUCCUCUGCUCAAACUGAAAGACAUGGAAUGGUUCGUGUGGGGGGCAAAACAUCAAGCGGCCCUCGACGACAUCAAGCAAUAUUUAUCUCAACCACCGGUCCUUAUGCCGCCGAAAAGAGGGAAACCCUUGAGGCUUUAUAUUUCGGCUUCAGAAGGCUCUAUCGGUUGUCUGCUGGCCCAGAACAACGAGUCUGAGCGAGAGCAAGCAGUGCAUUAUCUGAGCCGCACCCUUAACAUGGCCGAGCUAAACUACUCACUGAUCGAGAAAUUAUGCUUGGCACUUUAUUUCGCGGCCACCAAGUUGGGCAUUAUAUGCUUCCUUCGGUCGUUCAGAUCAUCUCCAAGACCGACCUCAUCAAAUACAUGCUCACUCGGCCGAUCAUACGCGGCCGGAUCGGGAAGUGGACGAUGGCAUUGUCUGAAUUCACCUUCCAAUAUGUGGCUCAGAAGUCGGUCAAAGGCUAGGCAUUGGCCGAUUUCUUGGCCCACCACCUGGCUCAGGGGCAAGAGGAGAGUUGGAGGUUGA